UGUGCAUUAUAGUCAGUUUGAGCAGAGUGGGCAGCAGUCUUCUAACCAUUCUAUGAAGUUGCUUAGAUUUGGAUAAAGCUGCUAUAUGAACUCUUAAAAUACUCCCCAAGAUGCUUUUUUGAUAUUGUAUGGAAGUAACAGUGGCUAAAGAUCGCUGUAGUUUUCUUGCUGUCAGGUGACAGUUUCCUUCUCUGUCUACCACUAGAUAUCAUUAGCAUUGAGUAUCAGUGCUGUCCCUGUUCUCUUCCUUGUGCAUGUAAGCCUGCCUUGCUUCUCGUUUUAGACAGUGCAUUUGAGCUAUCGUGUGCAUUGUCUAUAUUUAGUAAGAAUUAAUGGUGUCUUCCAGAAUUAAGAAGAAUUUAUAUACUGGUGUGCAAACUGAGAUCCUGUCAUUUUAGCUACUCACUUGGUACUGCUGUCUGUAGAUUUUGUUUUGCAGCUUCAGUGUGGAGCUAACAGGUGUGUAUGUUAAGUGAGACUUCAUGCUUGGAAUGUGCAUGACUCUUAUUACAUUUUUUCUCGACGUGUCGUUGAACUAUUGUGAAAUAUGGCUCAUCCAACGGAAAACAUCUGUGCUGCAGAAACGGGAGAGGCCAUCAUAAAUGAUGAAGACUACAAGGAGCCUCAGUCCCCUUACUUUGUGGAGACUCCUUAUGGCUAUCAGCUAGACUUGGAUUUCCUCAAGUAUGUAGAAGAUAUCCAAAGAGGAAAUACAUUAAAGAAGGUGAACAUCCAGAAAAAAAGCAAAGUGGGGAAACUUGUUACAAAUCCGAGAAAUCCUGGGGGACAGGUCUGUGGGUGGACCUCAACAGAAUCUCUUUCCUCCUCCAAUAGUGAUGAAAAUAAGCAGUCUCCUUCCUUCUUUCCAGCUAGAGGCUUGACUACCUCUACACCCUACACUGUAAAGUCAGCUGUUCCUCACGAAGUCUCACCAACGUUCUUAACUGUCCCAGAGCACAAGCUGCUUCCACCAGCUUCACCUCAGCUGCCAAAACACAAUUUUCAUGUAACAAAAACACUAAUGGAGACACGCAGGAGACUGGAGCAGGAAAGACUCAUCAUGCAGACGACUUCUGAUGCCCGUCGGCCCAGGUUUGCCAGUUUAGGAGCCAUGGGUUCAUCUGGCUCACUUUCCUCUUUUACUGGAUCUAGUGGACAUAACCAAAUUUCGCCAACAUCCCAGCAAAUUCCUAAUGGAUAUCAGGCUAAUGGGGACUACAAUGCACACUUCACCUCAUCAAUAGGUAGCUCCAUCCGACACAGUCCACUGAGUUCUGGAAUGACUACUCCUGUGACUGCUGUUACUCCCAUGCAUCUUCAGCAUAUUAGGGAGCAAAUGGUUGUAGCUCUCAAGCGGCUUAAAGAGCUUGAAGAACAAGUCAAAACCAUUCCAGUUCUGCAAGUGAAAAUUGCAGUGCUUCAAGAGGAAAAACGGCAGAUGGCAUCACAGCUAAAAAGUCCCAAAGCACCCGGGGAGCAUCCUACUAGUGGUUUCCGAAAACGGUCAUACAGUGUAGGGAAUGCUGACCACUUUGAACAGCUUGCACAGAUCAAGAGAGGCGGGGAGUUGUACAUAGACUCUGAAGAUGAAAUGGAUACAGUAGACCCAAAAUCCCAGAGGAUACAAGAAUUUAGGCACCUGACAGCUGAAAUGCAGGCUCUGGAGAAGAAAAUCCAGGAUAAUACUUUUGAAUCCCCUAGUACUCAUCUUGUACAGAACACAGACAAACAAUACAAAGUGACAAGCAGUCGGACUGUUGCAGUGAACACUGAUGAAAACUCGAGAGACAAUGCAGGUUGUCCCACAGUAGCAAGAACAUGCAGAGAGAUAGCUGUAGGAACUGAAACAGAACUUAGGCAUGCUGGGGUUGGUGUAACAGAAGCUAUGCUAGGUGUUACUACUGAGGCCGAGACAGAAAUUGAACUGCAGCAACAGACUAUUGAGGCGCUUAAGCAGAAGAUCUACCGUAUGGAGGUACAGCUAAAAGAAACAACCCAUGAAAUGGAGAUGGCUAAAUUAAAGUUGGAGCUGCAGGCAGCAGGGUCCAGGAAAAAGAUGGACAAGGUUGUGCUGGCACAGCCAAUAGUUGCUAGUGUAGCUGUAGAAGCAGUGCCAUGGACACAAGACCAAAAUGUUGGAAAUCACAAGGACUUCACUGACAGUUGUGUGGGAAAUCAUGUACAAGUGCAUAGUGUUGGAAUACUCUGCAGACCUGAGAUACGGAAUGCUAGUAUUGGUCCAGAAAUACCUGUAAACCAAUGGCUUGUGCAAAAAAGGGUUGAAACACAAGAAAAGUGCACAGGACGACAUAUAGAAAUGUGUGACAAAAGUGUGGGUGUGCAUAUGAGCAUCUCUGAAAAUGAUAGCAAGAUUAACGAUUCUGUAGAGAAGAUUGGUCCUGUUGAACUGCAGCAUACUUCUAAAGAGGUCAGGUCUGUAGCAUGUGGAGAUUAUUCCACGAAUGUUCGUGGCUACCUAUCCAAGGAGCUUAUUUCUCACAGUACCACCAGAGAUGACGUGACUACAGUUGAAACUGGUGUUACGGCAAUACCUGAAACUGUUUCACAGCAGACCUGUACAGUACUAGAAACUGUAAAUCAGUUUACAAAUACAGAAAAGAUAAUGUGCAAGGAUUCUAGUACAAGUACUGUCUUCAGCACUUACGACAAACAUACAAAUACAGUAACCACAGAAACGCGGACAGUUGCCGUUGGGGACUGUAGGGUGAAAGACAUCACUGUGUCUACUAAGACGCGUUCCAUUGGAGUUGGCACCUCGGUGUCCAGUGAGUAUGAUGUGGAGAGAAAUUCUGCAGUUAAGACCAAAGACACUGGAACAGGCCAGAUUAAUAUAAAUGAAAGCUAUCUGUUCGGCCUUAAAACAAGAAGCAUUGCAUGUGGUCCUGCUGAAUCAUCUGUUGUGUCAGAUUAUACCAAAACUGUUUGUAAGGAUGAUGAUCUUGUGUGUACUUCACAGGAAGCUCUUCAGUCUCAGAAUGUUGAUAAAACUGUUUUGGACCACUAUAUUGAACGUGUGCAAAAGCUGCUGCAGGAACAGCAAAUGCUUCUUGCUGAGAAUUAUAGUGAACUAGCAGAAGCCUUUGGAGAACCUAAUUCUGAGAUUGGGUCUCUCAACUCACAACUCAUUAGCACUCUGACAUCAAUUAACUCCAUGGUUAAGUGUGCAAGCAGUGAGGAGCUCAGGAUUGUAGAGAACCAAAAGACUGGUACAGAUAUAAAGACUCUCUCAGCAGACAGGAUUACUUCAUCUGCUUUAGCAGCUGACACUGACGAGGUAUUCAUUCCUGCAAGAACUCAGUCAUUGACAGUGAGCAAGGAAUCUGGGACCACACAAGUUGCACAAAUUACUUCUCGGCCUACUGUGCUAGAAAUAGGCACAGGCAACAAGGUCCAUCCGCUUCUGGAGGAAGUGACAUCUCAUAUGGCUUUAACUGAAGAACCUGUGGCCUGUGCCCUGAAAGCAUCUUUAAACAGUCAAAAGACUUUAAAGUCAAUCAUGAAGAAGAAAGACGAGAAGCAAGGCGCAAAGACAAAGAAAAACCUUCAAUUUGUUGGCAUUAAUGGAGGCUAUGAAACAACUUCAAGUGAUGAUUCAAGUUCAGAAGAGAGCUCUUCUACAGAGUCAGAGGAUGAGUGUGAAGACAGAGAGUCAUGUGAGAGUAAAGCAGGUAGAGACAAGGAAGUGGUAGAUGUCUGUACUGUGUGCCCCAGGAAAGAUGUUGAGGAUACUGAAAAGGAAUCUGAAGAGCAAGAGGAGAAAGAGGGAGAAGUCGGAAAAGUAGAAAUUACAGAGAGGUAUGAACUAAGUGAAAAAAUGAUGUCUGCAUGCAUAGUGCUGAAAAACAGCCUGAGUGAUGCCAAGUCCCUGAACAGCAAAGAUGUGAGAGUCUGUGUGAAUGCCAUCCAGAAUGAGUGGUUCCGCAUCUCCAGUCAGAAGUCUGCAGUGCCUACCAUGGUAGCUGAUUAUUUAGCUGCAUUUAGGGAGGUGUCACCAGCGGUCCUUAGGUACAUUGCAAAUAUGGCAGAUGGCAACGGAAACACAGCUCUUCACUACAGCGUGUCUCAUUCAAACUUUGAAAUUGUGAAGCUGUUACUGGAUGCAGCUGUGUGCAACGUGAAUCAGCAGAAUAAGGCUGGCUACACUCCCAUCAUGCUUGCUGCUCUUGCAGCUGUGGAGGCUGAGAAAGACAUGAAAAUAGUGGAAGAACUUUUUGCCAAAGGAGAUGUGAAUGCUAAAGCCAGUCAGGCAGGGCAGACGGCUCUGAUGCUUGCUGUAAGUCACGGACGGAUGGAUAUGGUAAAAGCCCUUUUAGUUUGUGGUGCAGAUGUGAAUAUCCAGGAUGAUGAAGGUUCUACAGCCUUGAUGUGUGCCAGUGAACAUGGCCAUGUGGAAAUAGUUAAACUUCUACUGAGUCAAUCAGGAUGUAAUGCAACUUUAACGGACAACGAUGGCAGUACAGCGUUGUCCAUAGCCCUUGAUGCAGGUCAUAAGGAUAUUGCAGUACUGUUAUAUGCUCAUGUCAAUUUUUCUAAAGCACAGUCACCGGGUACACCUAGACUUGGAAGGAAGACAUCUCCCAGUCCAACUCGUAGAAGCAUGUUUGACUAGUGAUGAAAAAUUAACAUUAUUGUGUAUGAUACCAAUUCCAAAGCUGCUAUUUUUCCUUUUAAUAAAGACCGAUAUUGAAUGUAAAAGAACUAUAAAACUGUGCCUGAGCUCACCAGCAAACUUUAGCAAUAAUAUUAACAGAAAAACCUUAUUAAACCGGAAGACUGCUCAACAAAUACUCACACUUUGAUGACUUCGACCUGCUGCCUUGUCUUUCCUCCAUGUUCUAUAAAACACUUGAGACUUGUCUUUGCUGUAAUUUACCAUGUGUACUGUAUAAUAUGUAAUAUAUUUAGUUUUCCCAGGACAAAGCAGCUUUUACUAUCACAUAUUCUCAUAUACAUACUAAUAUUUACUAAAUACUGCUUUAUUGAUUAACUAAAUUCUCUCAUUCCAGCCACACCCAGGGAAUGAUACCUUUAUAAUGUGUUUUUAUCUGCUGCAGUGACCUGGGUCCAAUAGUGUAAUAGAUGUUUAAAAAGUAUGAUGAGAGACUGCCUUUUAGGUCUGACCUUUUGGCAUAAGUCUCAGACUUGGAUAUAUUGUAUAACUUUUAUGUAUUAAAAAUCAUUUGUAUCUAUAUAAAUUUUAAAUCAUGCAGUAUUUGAAAACUAUAUUUUAUAUGCCCAUGAAAGUAAUUAAACUGAACAUGAAGAAUUACAUAUCAAACAUUUUAUUCUUUUUAAUUCAUAUAAAUAUAUAGUAUGUAUUAUUGUUUAUUUUCUCAUGUGUUACAAAGUCAGAAAUAGUAGUUGUAUAUUCAUUCAUUUUAUUCUGGAUAUAAAACAAACAUUUUUUUCCAUUCA